GACCAGGUGUACGGAGUCUCAGUCAGUGCUGGUGAUGACCACAGCUCCAUGUCGAUAGCUGCGAGAAGGGAGCAAGGGACACAGGAUGGUGAGGUGCUGGAAGCGUUCAGAGAACUGUUUGGAGGAGGUACAGUGCACGGAUGGGGGCCCUGAUGCAACCCCUCGGUCCCACUUCUCCCACAAAGCAUUCUGGUUCAGCCUUUCUGCCCUUCUCCUUGUCAUAGUUGCCCUUGGGUUGGCGGGGCAUCUUGGACUUUCUCAGCUUCACUCUCAGUCAUUACAGAUUGUGAGAAUCACGGCUUCAGACCAGCACGGCGCUCUAAUAAACCAGUCAGCCGUAGUGGACCAGCAGAACGACCUAGUCACACUUGUUGUGACCUCAUCCACAAACCAGACGUCCACUGUGCUCUUCGAUGUGAGACAUGGUUUGAUCUGUUACAAACCUGUUGACCAGGACAGCUGCUUCCUACGAACAAUGGAGCAGCCAGACUAUGACAAUGUGAACUCCCUCCUCCGUGGGUCAACACACAAGCAGAGCCAGUUUCAGCUUUCUGGUAAUGAGACAGAGAGGCAGAUGGAGUUCCUGGGAGUGCUGGAAGCCAGUCAGGUGAACGCGUCCUCGCUGGGGGAGCCUCUCCAGACUCUGUGUAAGAACAGGUCUGUCCACUGGACCCGGAGGGCUGAUGGCCCAGGCAAACAGAGGCUGGUCUACUUCUGCAUCGACAUCUGCUUUCCCAGCAACAUCUGUGUGUCUGUGUGUUUCUACUACCUGCCUGAGUGACUGUUUUCUAUGUGUCCUCCCAGCGAAACGAUCAUGGAAACAAAGUUGUCUUUUUUCUUUUCCCUUUUCAAGAAAAGAAAAAAGCAGAACAAAAGUCAGCUUUGACUGUUUCCUUUGUGCCAUACAGCCGCCAGUAAACCAGUGAAGCAGCCAACCCCUCCAGUCAGUUUCCAUCCUUCCGAGAGAGGGAAGAAAUGGAGACAGGCUGUCAGAGUUAUCUCCAAAUCCCCAUCGUCACUCUUUUCAUGUAUAAUACCCUCUCUGGUGGCACACUUCAGAGAUUACAGAAGAAAGAUCCCUUUUUUGUUUGGACAUGCCUGCAGUGUAAUUAUGUGUAACCGUUCCUUUUGUGAUUUUUAUAUACAAUAAAACAAGCAAUG